ACCGAUAAGCUCGGGCCAGUUUAAAACCCCUAUGCUUUUAAACGGAGAACGUCACGGGGAUGAGCUAGACUGUAGUUUACUCUCAUCAUACCCCCAGGAGGCUCUGCUUCCCAGCCCCUUUGUUCAGUCUAGCCGGUGGGUUGAGUCAGAGGGAAGGCUGUGCUAACCCAAGAAAUCCAUUACCAGUGUGGGAACACCGACAAGAGCUGAGGAAGAGAGGCCCGGAAACAAAAAAAAACCCAGCCACGGUUACCGGGAGUCCGGAUCGAGACCGUGUUUAAACCAGAGCCAGACAGAGAGAAAAGUUGGCUUUUUUUUUUUUUUUGAGUGUUGCUGAUGCUGCGUUUCGCGUCGGGGACCGUCAGGACGUGUGUGCCGCUGCUCGGUGUCUACAAACAGCGAUACAUGUCGGUUAUCUUCGCCGCUGUGGGUUGCUUCUUUUCAUCCUGGGGAGAGAGACAAUAAUGAACCGGUAGACAAGCUGCUGAAGCCAUCACCGGUCGGUUGCUGACACUGUGCAGUGGUUGCCAUCCUCCGCCGAUCCACGCUGACUCUCCCUUUCAGUUUCUGCUCAGCAUCCAUAUUUGCAUCCCAGGGAGUGGCAACCACUAAUCCCCCUUUUCCUGGCAAGAAAAUUGAAAGUUGUCUCCCCCACCCCCCCCCCCCCCCCGCCCCCGGGUUGUCGGACACCCCUCGGACGCUCUAAUUUCACACAGAAAAGCUAAACAUGGAGAGCGAGAGCCGCCACUCCCACAUCUAGUGCCUGAUCCACAAGCCUUCAUCACCCAGGAAGGAGCUCUCAGGUCCCGGCCGUCUCCCCUGCUACUGUAGAAUGAAUAUGCUCAAGUCCAGUGGACUGAAAAUCCCUGGCCGGGGGCCCAAGCAUUCCAGCCCAGUGGGAAGGACCUCAGCGGGUGGAACUUCAAGCCCUGUCGUCCCUAAAGACAACUGUCCACUCAAGCCCACCACACCAACUAAAAUCUCUGAAGAGGGUGACGAUGUUUUGGGGGAUUACACAGUGGGCGAACACGUCUGGGUCAACGGUGUCAAACCAGGAGUUAUCGCCUACCUGGGGGAGACCCAGUUUGCCCCGGGACAGUGGGCCGGCGUGAUACUGAAUGACCUAGUUGGCAAAAACGAUGGUUCAGUGGGCGGAGUUCGCUACUUUGAGUGCCAACCCCUCCAGGGCAUCUUCACCCGACCCUCGAAGCUCAACCGACAGCCGGUUGGAGAGGGAAGCGACAGCCACUCCACUGACUCACUCUCUGCCCAGAAUCAGACUCAGCAGGGUGGCAGUGGCGCCCCCGCUGGCCAGCGGGUAGUGGUGCCACUGAGAGAGGGCCUACUCAAUAGCGCAGUGAAGACAGGCAAUGAGUCGGGGUCCAACAUGUCUGACAGUGGUUCGGUUAAGAAAGCUGGGGACAAGGAUCUUCGAGUUGGAGAUCGAGUUUUGGUGGGAGGCUCUAAGAUGGGAGUCAUACGCUACAUGGGAGAGACAGACUUCGCUAAGGGUGAAUGGUGUGGGGUCGAGCUGGAUGAGCCCCUGGGGAAGAAUGAUGGUGCAGUAGCCGGUACAAGAUACUUUCAGUGUCUUCCCAAGUUCGGCCUGUUUGCUCCGAACCACAAGGUGAUCCGCAUCGGCUUCCCCUCCACCAGCCCGGCCAAGGCUAAGAAGAGCAAGCGGGUGGCCAUGGGGGUUUCCUCUCUGGCCCACAGCCCCAGCAGCUCCUCCAUCAGUUCAGUCAGCUCGGUGGCCUCCUCUGUGGGUGGACGACCGAGCCGAGCUGGACUGCUGACGGAGACAUCGUCGCGGUACGCCCGUAAGAUCUCAGGCACCACCGCGCUCCAGGAAGCCCUGAAGGAGAAGCAGCAGCACAUUGAGCAGCUCCUGGCCGAGAGGGACCUGGAGCGAGCCGACAUGGCCAAGGCCACCAGCCACAUCUGCGAGGUGGAGAAGGAGCUGAGCGUCCUCAAGGUGCAGCACACGCAGUUUGUAACAGAGAAUGAGAACACCCUCCAGCAAGUCAAAGCCAUGUUGGCCAGCACACAGAAAGAUAAGCUGGAACUGACCAAUCAGCUGGAAGAAGAAAAAAGGAAAGUGGAGGACCUCCAGUUCAGAGUAGAGGAGGAAUCCAUCACCAAAGGAGACCUGGAGACUCAGACGAAAUUGGAGCAUGCCCAUAUUCGACAGCUUGAGCAGUGUCUGCUCCUCGAAAAGUCGAGAGUAGAGACGCUUCAGAAAGACUUAGAGAAGAGGAGGCAAACCACAGUUGAAGAGCAGAGUCGUAUCAUGCAGCUGGAGAAUGAGCUCAGCAGCCGUAGAGCUGAGAUCGAGAACCUCCAGGCUCAACUCAGAGGAUCAGACAGGAGCUCACAGCAAGCCAACAACAGUGAGGCUGCCCCGGGGUCCGACACCCAGCAGGAGACCCUCCUCCUGCGCGAGCAGCUUGUGUCGGCGGGCCGCGAGCACUACAAGGAAAACAGCGAGCUUAAAGAGAAGUACGAGACGGCGAUAGCAGCGAGCCAGCAGGAGGUAGACGCCUUGAAGGCGGUGGUAGAUAAUAAGAACCAGGAGAUCGGUGAGAUGAAGCAGAAAGUCCAACAGGCCACCAAGGAAAACAUGGAAAUGAUGGACACCUGGAAGGCUAAAUUUGACACUUUAGUGAGUGACCACCAGCGUUCCUUGGAGGAACUGAAGGCCACAUUGUGUAGUGAUCAUACUACUCCAGCAGGCCAAGAGCUGGACGCCCAGGAGCUGAGAACCACUCUGGAGGCGCUGAAGAUGGAGCACCAGCUGGAGAUGGAGAAUCUCAAAGCCAAACAUAAGAUCGAGGCCGCCAUGCUGACCAAGGAACGCGAAGACCUGUGCACUCGUCUUCAGGAGGCCAAAGAGCAGCUGGCUGAGGGCAACCAUACGUGGAGGACCGAGGUAGUGGCCAAAAGCAGCAAACAGGCCCUUGAAGAGGCUACCGAGAAGCUACAGAAGGCAGAGCAGAGGCUGGCGGAGAUGGAGAAGCUUCAGAUGGAGAAGGACAAAAGCACAGGGGAGCUGCGAGAGAGACUGGAGCUGUCGGAGAAGAAGAUGACCGACUACGAGGCUCUGCAGAAGGCCCAGGCAGAGAGCCAAGAGGAGAUCCAGAAACUGGAGGAGAAACUGAGGGUGACAGCGAACCAGCUCCAGGCCAUCCAGGCAGACCGCUACACAUCCCAUGAUGCAAAUGUGAUAGAGGAUAAUGAAAUUUCAGAUGAGAAGAUGAAGCUAAAACAGAAAAUUGAAGAAACAAUGGAGAAGAUGUUGAAAAGGGAAAAAGAGGUCUCGACUCUCACGUCCCAGGUUGAAGCCCUCAAAUCCCAGAUGGGAGCCCUGGAGGGUAAAGUUCGCUCAGGGGAAAAGAAAGCCGAAGCCCUGGCCAAGGAGAAGCUGCGUCUGGAAGCGGAGCUGGAGUCUAUGACCAAGAAGUCCCAUGAUGCCUCUGGGCAGCUGGUCAACAUCAGCCAGGAGCUGCUGAAAAAGGAGAGGAGUCUGAAUGAACUGAGGGUGUUACUCCUGGAAUCGCAUCGCCAUUCGAGGGACAUGGAGAAAGACCUGAACCGAGAAGUGCACAAGGCUGAGUGGAAGGUCAAGGAGCAGAAACUUCAGGAUGACAUCAAGACCUUGCGUGAAAAAUUACUUCUACUGGGUCGGGAACGGUCUUCACCUGACCACCGGCGGUACUCCAUGCUGGACCCCUCGGCCCUGGACUCAGAGAUGACCCGCCUCCGCCAGCGGCUGUUGAGCACCGAGGACGCCCUGAGGAACGCCUUGGAACACAACCAGCAAGUCGACCAGCUGGUCCAGGCCAUGCGCAGGCAUCCAGAUAAAAGCCCGGCACAUGGUGCGAAUUCAGCCAAUGGAAUUCAUCAUCAGGAGUCAGACAGUCCUCGAGAUGUUGGACCAACACUGAUAUGAGCAGAAGAGAUAAGACUGAACUGGGACGUGCAGACGUACAUCUUAAAAGAAAAGCUCGUCCGACGUUUCUCCUGAUCCUGAGAUGGAUGUCUGAAGAACCUUUCAGUUUACAGUUAAAACCAAAACAGCGAAUCUCUCUCUCUCUCUCUCUCUCUCUCUCUCUCUCUCUCUUGAGGGAAUUUAUGUGUUUGUUGCAGAAAGCACCUAUUAGCCAAUCAUGAAGACCGCUUAAAGUACUAUAAAAUAUAAACAGGAAAUGGGACAUGGACAUGAAGAGAUAUUAUCGGUACAACUCCCAAGAACAUACAGAAUGGCAACUUUUCGAUUGCUUUACAGUAGUUAGAAAAAUUUGAAGCUACAAGUUGCCGGGAACUCUGUGACAAUUCUGAAUUUUGAUCCGGAAGGCAAAAAAACGGCUGAUGGACAACGAUGUGAAGAAAUGAAGAACCGGGUCUCAAUCGCUUUGUUUAUUUUUAUUUAUUACUUUUACUUUGCUCCUCAGCUUUGUAAUGAUGCUCUACGGGUGAGCUGUCCUGGCCAGUGAUACUCAGAGCAACUCUUCAAGGAUGACAGUGGCUUAUUUUUUAGGGAGUUUGGCUCAUUUGUCACUUUAUUAAAUACCUGAUGAGAGAAUUACUAGCAAACUCUGUCCGGUGCUUUAGUGUACAAUAAAAGUUAUUGGAAGUAUUAAAAAGGGGCCUUUAAAGUAAUAAUUCACCCCAAAAUCUGUCUUUUCAAUAUAAAAUACACACUCAGAGCUAAGUAGCUGAAUAAAGUUUUCAUUUCAACGUCCUUGGUUGUGAUUAGACUGAAUCCAUUUGUUAUAAUGGAUUCCAGUGGUCAGUUUCAUGUUUGGAAAAUGUUUUAAACCGUCCACAGAAAUGUCUAAAACCACCUCCCACAACAUAAUCCACUUCUCCACUCUCCAGCCAUGUGCUGAGUCUGUUCCAAACACUGUUUCUUUCAUCAAGAUACAGCAAAAACACUGUCUCAAUUCUCACAUACAGCCCCUUUUGAUACUGAAAAAAAGACAGAUCUUAAAGCAGUCGGAAUGUGUUUGUUUUGGUCUUUAUCAUUUAUAAAAAUCAGUUACAAAAAGCGUUUUAAACCCUUCACUGUCUGACCAUCAUCAAGUAACAGUACUCUUGGACUCCCUGAUACUCCCUGAAAAACAACUUGAGAUUUAGAUUUGCAUCUUUAAGUAAGCAAUCAAGCACAACGAGGCGUCUUGAUAUAAUAAAAAAAGAUGGAAAGGGUGGAGGCACAACCCAAAGCAGGCUUUUAUUCUCUCUGGCAUCCUGUGAGUGUAAUAUCACGCUUAUAUAAUGGCCACUUAUCAGAGAAAACAUUACAUUUAAUUUUUUUGAAUAUGUGGUAUUCCGUCAUGGGAUCCCAUUCAAAACUGUGGUUAGACCAUUGAUUUGAACUGUGCCAGUGACAUAACAACUGACAUAACAACAACAUAACAACUGUUUACCAUAAACUAUUCCAAAUCAUCCUCCAGGGGAUCUGUUACAGAACUGACAAAGAUCAUUUCAACCACUAAUCCUCUCUUCAGGUGUUUGAUAAGGUGGCUGUUGGGCCAAUUUCCUCAAAGAAAGCAGUCCUUUUUAGCAAUUGCACAACAGUGGACUCCCCGCUAGGACUCGAGAUUAAUAUUAAUGAACCUGGGAGGCUCUGAGUUAUGUUAUGUAGUGAAUUAUUCCAGACUUUUGCGUUCUCUUAAACUCUGUCUGAACCUGUACCAAUACACUUCUUACUCUGUCGGUAAUGAUCAGCUAUUUUGUUUACUGUGGACUAUGUAUCAGUACAGACUCCAUCCAUACGCUAGUAUUAAUUAAUUAUAUACGGUACAUCAUAGCAGCCUUGUUUAAUGCUGUAUCAAUGUGUCCCUGAUUACUUUAAUGACCUUUUGUUAAGUACUGAAGGGCUGUCACUGGAGCUAAAACCCAAACAAUGGGUGUAAGGUGUUACACUCAUCCUGACAACAUCUGGAUUUAAUUUGCAAAAAAAAAAAAAAAAAAAAAAUGGCAUCAACAUAGGAUUUAUACUGUAAGUCUUCCAAAUAUUGUUUUAUCCAUUUGUCAACUAAACUAUGAGAUCCUGUUUGGAGCUGGCCAUAGUUUGCCGUCGUUGCAUUACAGGGGACAUUACGCAGAGGUGAGUGGUGUGGAAAGCUUGGAGUUGUGUCUCCUGAGCAAAACAUGUAGGGCAGGCGCUGGUCAGCUAAGAUAAAAAAAAAAAAAAAAACUAAAUUUUCCAUUGGAUAUUGUACAUGGCCUUUUUCAGCUGGAGGGUUCAUACCCUAUGGAUUAUUGCUGCAAUGGUUUUGGAGAUUGAGUCAUUAAAUAUUAACAAUGUG